AUGUCAGCCGGACAAAGAGAACCCAAGCCGCUUCGUCGGAUCAUAACAACCCACGAUUCUCCAAGCGGCCAAGGUACCUUCAGCAACGCGGUUGGGGAGCAGGUGUCGUUCAUUGGCUUCCCGGUUCCCCCAGGCAGGCCCGCAACGUCAGACUAUGCUCUGGCCUAUAUCACAACCACCUUUCCUGUGCAAGGGCUUUCCCCUCCGACUUCCGCAACCCCGGAGUCCAAAGCCAACCUUGACAUCAAGCAAUAUCGAUCCCAACUCUCGGAUCCAACGCCUUUGAAUCCGCCAAGCGGCACCUCUUGCACAAUUAUUGAGGUACCACCGAGUGGAACUGUCCCGAUGCAUCGAACGGUGACCGUCGACUAUGGUGUCAUAAUUGACGGCACUACGGAAUUAGUCCUUGAUUCUGGGGAGAAAAAGUUACUGAAAAAGGGUGAUGUAUUUGUUCAGCGUGGCACGGCUCAUUCUUGGCGGAAUAUGACUGACAAGAACGACAAUUCUGGUAUUUUACGUGUCUUUUUCGUGUUUCAACCUAUGGAACCGGUGCAACUGGAAGGUGGGAAGGUCCUCGGUCAGGACUUGAAUCUAUCUCUGCAGAAGGCUUGA